GUUUAUAAAUAAACAUUUUAUGUAUUUUAUUAAUUUCACAAAGUGCAUCGUAUACUAAAUUCGAUAAUACAAUGGAGAGGCUAGGAAUCAUAUUCGUCGUUGAAUCUCGCGGUCAUUUUAUUUAACGUUAGUGCAAAAAUAUUCGGUGGCGUCUUGUUUUUUUUAUGGUUUGAUCUCCAACAAAAUAUACCAUGGCUGCAACGGAGACCGUACGGGUAUCGGUGGUAACAGAUUCCACACCGUAUGUUAUCCCGUGCUCCUGUACGUUGACCGCCGAGGAAUUGUGCAUAGUGUUAUGUAAAAAGUAUAACAUUCCGCCCCUAACGCGUACGCUGUUUGCAUUACGGAUCAAGGGAUCGAGCCAUUUCCUCAAAGACAACAGUAAAGUUCUAUCGAGUUCAAGAGAUUAUGAAAUGAGAAUACGGUUCAAGGUGCCAAGACUGUGUCACUUGGUAACGUUGGAUGAGACGACAUACGAUUAUUAUUUUCAACAAGCAAGAAAUGACGUGAAUGAGAACAAAAUACCUGAAAUAAAAUAUCCAGAACACAAGCAAGAGUUGUUGGGACUCGGUAUAACUGAUAUGACAAGAGCUAUUUCGGAGGAAAAGCUACCAGUGAAUGAAGUUGUGCGUAAUUAUAAGAAGUAUAUACCCAAAGUUAUUGUACGACGGCAUGGACCAUUCCCGAAGAAAUAUGCUCAUGAAUACCUACCUCAGUUGUGUUCUGUUGGACAUAAUGUGAACUAUGUAAAAAACUUGUAUCUGCAGCAGUUGUAUGCAUUAGCUCCCAAUUAUCUGUCAGAGGAAUUUGAGGAUGUCACGUGGCAGAAUGGUACAUAUGUGGUACCGGUUAGAGUGGUGGUGGCACCGUUUCACCCGCACCAACCGGGGAUACGACUGUUUAACAUAAACAAGAGAGAUUGGUUUCAUGUUUGCACCAUAGAGGAAUUGAUUUAUCUCACACGGAAUGGUGACUUGUGCUUGGAAGUGUCGAGGCGAGGGACUCCAUUGUUUUUCAAAUUCAAAUCUGAGGAACAGCUGUCAUCAUUUAUAUCUUUGUGCGAUGGAUACUACAGAUUAAUGGUGAAAUGGACUUUCAAUCUGUCAAAAGACGACGAAACACCAUCAUUGAAGGAGCUACAAAGAAUAAAAUGCCAUGGACCAGUUGGUGGUGCGUUCUCCUAUCGAAAGUUAGAAGAGAAGCGAGGCAAGAAGCACGGCUGCUACAUUCUGCGACAGUGUCAAGACGACUACAACGUGUUUUAUUUGGACGUUUGUACGAAAAAUAGCACGACAGAAACAUACAGAAUCGAGUUCAAAGGCCACUGCUACAUAUUCAACAAGGAAGAAUACUUUAGCAUCGAGCGGCUGGUCAACUGCCACCAGAACCCCGAGGGACGGAUAUUCCUCAACGAGUGUAUACCACCAUCCGAGUAUGACAAAUCCCAACUGUUACUCUGCGGUGAGCCAAUAAAGAAAGGUGUGCGUAUCGAUCAAGCGGAGCUUCAGGAAAUACUCAGAGACAACAAGAGCCCUCGCUGUCUGCCCAACAAAGACAUAUUGCUGUAUACAGGAUCAGAAAAACUCAGUCCGGACAGCAUAACGGCGACAUAUAAAGCGUUAUGGAGAUUGGACGAGACGAAGAAACUUGUGGUCGCCUUCAAGACGUUACAACGGGAGAAAGUCAAUGAUUAUCUAAAGGAUUUCAUAGAUUUGACGAGCAAGUGGGCGUGCAUCCAGUCCAGCUCGAUAGUCCGCCUGUACGGCAUCACGCUGAGCUCGCCCACCGCCAUGGUGCUCGAGUUCAUGCCCUAUGGACCCUUCGAUGUUUACUUGAGGGAGAACGAGGAGCGCAUAAAACCGCUGCAGCUGAAGAAGGUUGCUGCGAGCUUAGCGCGCGCGCUGUGGGACCUGUCCGAGGCGGGCGUGGUGCACGGCGCGGUGCGCUGCCGCCGCUUGCUGCUCGCCGCGCACCAGACCGACCGCCUCGUGGUCAAGCUGGCCGGACCCACGCUGCGCCCGUACACCGCCCACGACGUACACUGGAUGCCAGUCGAGUUCUUUUCCGACAUGAAUCUUGCCAAGCGGUCGGUGGUCGGCGACAUAUGGGCGUUCGCGACGACGCUGUGGGAGAUAUUCUCAUACGGACAGUCGCCUACAGAGACUAACCCGAUACUGACGGCUAGGAGUUACGAAAUGGGCGAGCGCCUGAUGCGGCCGUCGCGCUGUCCGAGCGAGGUGUGGGCGCUGAUGCGGCAGUGCUGGUGCGCCGACCCCCUCCGACCGCAGGAGAUCAUGCGAGACAUGAACCAUAUGCUGCACAGAGAAUACGUCCCAUUGCACGAUUAUGAGGAGCCAAGGAUAAGUUUGGACCAUAUGGAGCAUGCUGACACGGUUUCUAGUGAUAGGUUCAUACCGAGUGAGCUGAGCGACGCGGGCAGCAACAAGUCACUCAUAUCGGUGGACAGCAGUGUCCCAUCUAUGAAUGGAACGCUGUCAGACCAGUAUGAUAACCCGUUCGCGGACAACAAGAGCUCCCGGUCGCUCGAGAGCAUGAGCGCGCUCGCGUACGCUCUGCGCUCGGGGCGCGCGUCCGUCGAGCGUACCGACCGCGGCGAGCGGCGCGGCAGCGACGACGAGCUGAGCUGCAGCGCGCCGCGCCUCAUGGAGAGCAUCGUGUCGCAAGGCAAAACCUACCUCGUCACCGUCACUAAGAAGAUCGGCAGCGGCAACUACGGCCACGUGUUCAAAGGGUGGAUGGAGUGCGACAACCAGGAAUCUCAGAGGAAGGAGGUGGCCGUCAAGAAACUCACGCGACAGGCUUCCGAGAGAAACGGCAGUUUGUACGAGGACUUUAAAAACGAAUUGGAAAUCAUGAAGUCCCUACAACAUGUGAACAUAGUCGAGAUCCUGGGCUACUCGUGGGACCACGGCUCGGACGUGCUGAUCGUCAUGGAGUACCUUGAGGAGGGUUCACUCAACUACUACCUCAAGUUCCAGGGAGACAAGUUGAGGAUAUCGCACCUGCUGAAGUACGCCAAAGACAUUGCUACGGGCAUGGACCAUGUAUCGGCCAAGAACGUGGUACACCGAGACUUGGCGACUCGCAACAUCCUAGUGGUAAACAAGUACCACGUGAAGAUAUCGGACUUUGGCCUCGCGAGGAUCAUACCUAAGGAGGAGAACGCUUAUAGAAUCAAGACUGAACGAUUGUUGCCUAUUAAUUGGUACGCGCCGGAGUCUGCUGUGGAGCCGUGGCACUUCUCCAGCAAGAGCGACGUGUGGUCGUACGGCGUGACCGCCUGGGAGAUAUUCACGCGCGCCCGCCACGAGGUGCCGCGCUUCGACGUCGAGCGGCCCCGCGAGCGAGCCGCAUGCUUCCAAAUACCCGAAGGCUGCCCGUCGGAGAUCUUCAGACAUCUGAUGAAAGACUGCUGGGCGCUAGACCCCAACAUGCGGCCCAAGUUCAUCGACCUAGUGCACAUGUGCAAGCGGUUCCUGGACGAGUACAAGUGAGGGAACCGAGGAUAACCAGGAACCAGGGUUAACCAAGAACAAGGGAUUAUACCAGGGCUGGAUUUAUAUUUUUUAUGAGUAUAGGCUACUGUAAUUUUGUCGCCCCUAUGUACGAACCCUGCCGCCAUGCUAGGACGCUGCCGCCCCCCCCCUGGGACGUCAUAGGACGCUGCGGUUCAUAGGCCAUGGCCUAUACUGCCUAUACAUUAAUCCAGAGCUGGAUUAUACCCAGGAAAGUUGUAGAACAUGCUAUAGCAUGUGACGUGACUGUUUUAAAUAUGAAACGGCUAGGCGAUUUGAUGCUAAGUAUCACACCUAUGGGCGAGAGAUUUGAUCUGCAUAUUUCUGUUUUACGUAUGCAUGCUUACUGCCGCAUUCAGAGAAGAAUAUUAAUUACUUAAGUGUAUCUAAAUGAGUUUGAGAGGUAUGGGGCUUAUAUCAAAGUCUUCAUUUAUUUACAGUUAAGUAAGUCUCUAAGGCCGGUAUAAAUAGUCAGUACUCAAGAUGCG